ACACAUUUUAUACACGCAUAAACAUAGAUACACGCACGAGAGCCAUUACAACAUGCAUCAGCACGUGUGCACGCACUCACCAAGACACGCGCGGGCGCACCUACAAAGCAUUGCAAACACACGCGUGUGCUCUCCUAUCAUCCACGCACGCGCAGCGCGUGUUUGAUUUGUCGUCUGCCCUCGGUGAAUGUUUCUCAAGGUCCCGUUCACAGCACGAGAACGAGACAGGUGUGCGCAGGGCUGACGUGGAUGACCCGGUGUCCAUGGGUUUCUGAAAGUUGGCGAGGUGCUCUCAGUGAUGUGGCCGUAUACCGAGGUGUGCAAGACAUUAUUUACCAAAUGAAAUACAAACAGAAGUUCUGAGAGAUUAACAGCAGGAAACCAGCGGACACACACACAUACACACCGGAGCAUCAGGCUGCGCUCUUCUCGGUUUCAUAAAAAUUUUCCAGCUGCUGAAUGUGGCAGAGAAGUACCCCAGCAAUAAAUAAGAAGCAAGGCAUUUUAUCUGUCAGAGCAAACAACUUCAAAAUAAUGACACAGUGUGACGGACACGUGAUACAGGGGCAGAGAACUCUCAUGUGGAAAAUGGUCUGAAGGGUUACGUCCCCUGCACAACGCAGACGACCGGAGACUGUCAUGUCGGUCGCAACAAGUCUCCAUCCUUGAGUCUGUGGAAAACAUCUUUCGCCAUGAAUUUCGUGGAAGAACUACGCGAUGACUUUCUCAUCUGCAAUAUAUGCUUCGAAGAGUACAGGGAUCCCAAGCAGCUGCCAUGUCUGCACACCUUCUGCCGGGGCUGUCUCUUCAAAUACAUCACCGGCAAGAUCGCGGAGACUGGGACCGACUGGUUCCCAUGUCCUUUCUGCAGAAACCCAUUCAACCCGAGCUGCGCGGCGAGGCACGUACAUGGGCCGACUCCUUCCCGACCAAUUUUUUCCUGUCUCAGCUGAGCAGCAAACUGCAGACCAUGGCGUCCUCCGGCCACAUGAGUAACUCCGUCUUCAACGGGGAGACCACCGCGAAAGCAAUUUGUACUAAACACGCGAAGAUGGCACUAGCAGCUUACUGCACACAGAAACGGCGCAGCGUGUGCGAGGAGUGCUGCGUGCAGACGCACUUGGAUUGCAUCCAGUAUCACGUGUCGGAGCGAGAUUCUCGCGCCAUUGCUGACGAGCGCAAACUGAAGCUGAAGCAAGAUUUCGAUUUGCUGAAGAUCAGGCUGGAAGGUCUCAUGGACAAGGUCAACAGUCACGUGACAGAACUGAACUCCAAGAAGGAGCAGCUGCAGUUACAGACCGAGGCAGCUGUCAGUGAGGUCAAAACCAAGCUGGAGCUGAUGGUUCUGGAGCAGAAGCGCGAGCUGGGGCGGCAGCUGGACAUGCUGGUAGACAGAGAGCGACGCCGCCUGUCGGGGGUGAAGGAGCGCGCGCUGGAGGUCAGCCAGGUGUUCGACAAAAUGGCGGAAACGCUGUCGAACGUGGAAGGAGGCGCCUGCUCGACGCUGGACGGUCUGACGGCGCUGAACGACGUUGAGGAGGAGCUGAAGAAGCAGGAGCAGGUCAUGGAGAGCACCCGCAAGGACAGUACACUCAGCGAGAUCGUCUUCUACCCGGACAAAACCUUCGAGACACUCUUUCGCAAACUGACCUUUGGCACCUUUUCUCUCGAACGCAAGCCGCAGGAUUCCAGCGGCGCCAGACCCAGAACGCACAGGUACUCCUCUGAUCCCAAUUCCUACUCUUCGCCCCUUGCCCCUCGGGAUUCUGUACUUCUAUUACAGCAAAGGUCGGUCCCCGGAGAUGAGGCAUGGGAUGAUGUGUCCCUCGGCUUAGGCCCCUCUUUUUCUUCACAGAAAGGAAGGAUUGCCAGAAGAGGUUUCUCUCCCCCUGGCGCAGCUGCCUCUGCUCCAGCGACUGCAACGCCAAGCGGUGCCACGACGGUGGAGUCGGAUUUGACGGACCACAUGCGGCAAAAGCUGGAGGUCCCGAAAAACUCGCAGCCCCCUGUCAGACGAAGUCCAACCUCGCCGGACUUUGGGUCGACGGUAAUUGAGGAGGCAAAGAGCAGAAGCAGAAGCCUCCCACGCCGACGGAGACCUCGCAGCGAGGGGGCUUUUCCUCCAGGCGCUCGCAGACGACACGCUUUGCGGUCCGUUGACGACGAACGCGAUGUCGCCCAUGGGAGACGAUCCUCCGAGAAGUCCUGCUCUGUUACCCCCUCCCCCACUGUAGUCUACGACAACGACACGCCAGCAUCGAAACUCCUUCCAAGAAGCAGCGACAGCGGCGACAACAGCAAGAACGGUGGCUCCGUCUAUACAUCCGACGAAGAGUUUUCGUCCCUGGGAAGCGAGGCUCUCAGCCGCCUAUGGCCGGGCGACAAGCGGCAGCCGCUCGCCCGCCACUUCGCCCGCUCCUCCUUACCACAUUGUGGUGUCGGACGGCGACCAAGCGCGUGCGCCUAAGAUAGUCUGCGUGCGCAACUUCCUGGCCACGCACGAGAGUGACGUCAAGAACAUGCCGGGCGUGGUGGGGCUGACGGCGGUUUGCCGGGACCGCGUGGUGGUGACUGACCGCUGGAACAAAUGCCUCAAGCUCGUCGAUAUUGUCGGCGGCCGCGUGCUCGAUGCCAUGUGUUUCUCGGAGGACGCCGAACCCUGGGACGUGGCCUUGAGAAAGUCAGGAGUGCUGGCCGUCACCUACCCUAAGG